CAACGUAAAUCCAUUGGCUACAAAGUUUUCAUCAUGGUUUCACAUGACUGACAAAGUAUUUUGUGAUGUUAAGAAUGCCGGACCUGGAUUUUCAAGAUUUAAGGGCCCGUGAUUUAAGCCCGGAUUCCGUGAUUCUCGCUGCCGAAUCAAUUUCAGGCUUCAGCAUCUUCUUCUUUACCUCACAUGUUCCUCAUCAACACUCUGUUUCCUCUCUUCUUUCUCAAGUAAUGCCGCUUCAUUUUUAACACACACCUUCUUCUUUAUUUCACAAAAUGUUGAAUGCAUGUAUCUUAAUUUGCUGCCUUACUUGUGCCUCGCAGAUAAUUUUGAUUUGAUGGAUUCUACUUGCCAAAUGUAGGCGCUUUUCCAUUUACAAAAACUUAUGUCCUGUUUGGAAAGUUUAAUCUUUGAUUUGAAACAGCAUUUGUCAGGGCAUGAAUUGUCUGAAGCAUUGAGUGGUCCUGAUCCAUAUCCGGACAAAUCCAUAACAGUUCACAUGAAUACUAUUAGCCUCAGCAGAAGGGAUAAAUCAAAAGAGUGUCAAGACCGAAGGUUGAGAUCUGAAGUUCGGUUGAAUAAAGCGGACCGUUGAAGGCCUGCUUAUCGACACACGAGCAUGGGGAUUCAUAAAGGGUGGAGUUCUGAGCGCAUUCCACCGCUCACAAAUGCAAACAGGAGGAAUGUGAGCAUUGCAUUGUUGCCUUUCAAUAAUGGGAGGACUUUGCCUUCCAAAUGGGAAGAUGCAGAAAGGUGGAUAGUUAGCCCGGUGUCGGGUGAUGGUGCUAUGAGAACCUCACAGCAGCAGCCAUAGAGGCGGCCCAAGUCAAAGAGCGGCCCCCUCCGACAUCCAGGGGCUGCUUAUUAUCAAAUGUUUUCGCCUGCCACGCCCAUGUUUGAAGGCAGCUGUGCUGAGAAACUAACAGCAAAUUCACCUUUUUCUAUUCGAUACGGAGGCUAUGAGGGCAUAGGCAACUUUCUCAAUGGCAUAGAGCCUUGCAUUGCAUGGCGAGGUCAAUUAGUAUGCAUGGAUGUUCUGAGAUGAUAAGCCAUUCAUCAUUGCCGGGAUCCCAGGAUGUUAAAUAUGAGGUGACUGAGGAUGCGCCUAACAGCAUAUCUCGUGCUGUUUCAAGGAGGGAUAUGGCGACUCAGAUGAGUCCUGAGAGCAGCAAGCAUUCCUCACCCGGAAGAGACUCUUCGUUCUCUCUAGCUAUUCCAUCAAUUCUACCCAUCGUAGAAUCGCAGAGUAUGCAAAAAGAUUCUACCCAUCAAUUCUCCAAACCAGAAAUGAGGGAUGUGCUAGUUGAUGAAGAUGUCACCGUGAUAAGGUGGUCCAAAAUGAAUAGGGGUAAAAACUCAGGAAGAGGCAGUCGGAAUGCUGAUGACUGGAAAAGAACAGCUGUGAACUAUCAUUCUGCUAGUUGGGAAGUUUCGACUGCGACGUCCAAGAGUAUUUCAAAUUAGAAAUUGUUGCAUGCAUGAUCAUUCAUGCGUAAAAUGCAUGCAACACAAGAUGACGAGCUACAAAAUGAAGCCGUGGGAAAUUACCGUUGGGAGUUAGGAGUUAGUUGCUGUGUAACUAACUCAAGCCAGCUGGCAAUCAUCACGUGACAUACACAUGCUUACGCUGACGUGGAGUUGACGUGGAUAUAUGAAGUUUAGCGCGGGAGAAAUAAGUAUAAAUAAGAGUGAAGCUAGCUCAUUUGUGUUGUUGAGAAUUGUGUGUGUGUUGUUCAUGUUAGCUGUAGAUCGUGGAUCUACAGCUCCUAUUGGUUCCUAUCCGAUUUCCUUGCGUUGUAAGUGUGACAUUCUUCGAUCAAUAU